GGUCACUCACAGCACGCUCUGGUUGUGAUUGCCCAUCGAACGCAAUCGACCCACCCACUCAAGGCACGUUCUGAUUCUGAUUGGUCAGCGGUCCGUGUAGUCACGUUGUACACAGCGAGCUCUGUUUCUGAUUGGUCAGUGGUUCCCGGGGCUUGGAGGAAGAAGUUCACUGUGUGUGUGUAACAAACCUGAAUCAUGGCGAUGUUAACGCGAAUGCUCUCUGUCCUGAAGCUCUACGUGGUCGGCGUGAAGCUUCUGCUUUAUCAGCUCAUUCACAGGCCUUUUAUUUCUCCAGCUUUGCCAGAGCAGCGUGGAAAGGUUGCCAUAGUUACAGGAGGAACACGUGGCAUCGGAUACGAGAUAGUGAAGCGACUCCUACAUCUGGGAAUGCACGUUAUUAUAGCCUCUCAUGAUAAGCAACAAGGCCUCGUCGCAGUGGAAAGGCUUCGUAAAGAGAGUAGUGAAGCUCAAGUGGACUUUGAGGUUCUGGAUCUGGCGUCCCAGAGCUCCGUGCGAGAGUUCGUACGACGGUUUAAGGAACGAAAACUGCCCUUACACAUACUCAUCAACAAUGCGGCUGUAAUGCUAGUUCCUGAGGAGAAAACAGACGACGGUUUUGAGCCGCACUUCUCCGUUAACUACCUAGGUCACUUCCUCUUGACUCGGCUCCUUUUGGACACACUGAUGCAUUCUGGGACGGAGGAAUGUUCGAGAGUAAUUAGCAUUUGCUCUUCGGCGCAUCGCGUGUCUGAUAGAAACCUGCAGGACUUCCGCAGCACGCAGGAUUAUAGUUCUCAUGCCUCGUACGCCCGAAGUAAACUGGCGCAGCUCCUGUUCACCUACCACCUCCAUCAGGAGCUCCGGUCCGGCGGCUACGCUGUGACGGCGAACGCUGUAGACCCGGGCAUGGUGGACACCGAGCUGUACCGCCACAUGAGCUUUCCAGAAAAACUGGCACAAAAACCCAUCGCCUGUCUGUUGUUCAGGACUCCGGCGCAGGCGGCAGAGACAGUCGCGUACGCAGCGGCGUCUCAGGACUUUGAAGGCGUUAGCGGCUGCUAUGUGCACGAAGGAAAACCUGUGAAAUCAUCUUCAGCUUCCUACGAUUCCGAGCUCCAGGCCGAAUUGUGGAAAAGCACCUGCAGGCUGCUACGACUCCCAGUUAGCAUAAAGUAAAACAACAGAAUUAUGAGGGAAAAGCGGCAAAUCUUUCACCUUGCAUCUUUGUUUUUAUACGUCGUAUAUAUUUACAAAGUCAACAGAAUAAUAUCAGCAUAAAAAUGUUGGAUGUGUGUCAUCCGGUGCACAAAUAAACAAGCAGACUCGGCAUAUGAAACACGUCCUGACUGAUGAGGAGUAAAGCGUACGAAGUGUGAAGGUCCGUUUUUGUUUACUGUGUUGUUUCUGUGCAUUUUAUUUUAUUUUUCUUUCCAUCUUGAUAGUAUUAUUACACCUAUGCAUUUGUUUUGACCAUCUCUCUACACCGAAAUACUGUGAAAAUGUAUAUAACUAUUUUAUUCUGUUAGAAUGUAAAAUGUAUAUGUAUAGGUUGUUGUUUGUUAUUUAUAAUAAAAACACGUUUUCACAUUUAAA